AUGGCCCUUUCAAAGGAAUACACCAAUGAAGAACUGAACUACUUCAGAAUUUGUAAAGUUACUACCGAUAUACUAGCUGAGGGCCUGAGGGUAAUUUUCAAACAAGAGUGGGACAAUCAAUACAAGUCAUCACUCUUGGGAGAAUGGAAAGAUGAUCCUCAGAAUGGAACAGACUUUUGCAGCAUGGAGUCUCCAGCAAGCAAAAAAAGGAAUGGUCGUCUCUUGGCAACCAUGAAAAACGGGGAUAGAGGAGAAUGGGACUGUACAAUGCUAUUUUACGCCAUUCUUUUUUCCGACUGUGUUGGGAAAGGCAUCAGUGCAGCAGUCAGGACAAAUGUGGACCAUCUUAGAGAAUUUAGAAAUGAAGAAUUUGCUCACAUAACACAAGGCAAUCUCUCUGACAAAGAUUUUCACAUUGCCAUUAGCAAAGUUCACAUUGCUUUUCAUGCGCUUGGUCUACCUACUGCUCAAAUUCAGGACAUAAAAAAUCAGAGAGCUUUUCCCACGGAAGAAUUGCGAAAGAUCCAGGAACAGGUUGACGACCUCAAACGGGACCUUCAAGAAACGGAGAAUAAGAAAAUAGUUCUUGAACAUCAGCUCCAGAAAGAAGCACCUUCAUUCUGCAUUCUUCCACCUAAACCUUCUCACGAAGUUGGAGGUCGUGAUCGUGAGGUAGCUAAGAUAACCCAACAGCUGAGAGAGCUGAAAGAGGGUAAUGAUAACAAGUUAAGUUAUCUUUACAUCUCAGGAAAUCCUGGAAGUGGCAAAUCGCAGCUAGCUGGCCUCGUAGCUCAGAAUUUCUUUGAUGAAGUCAAAAAAAUACCGGACGCUUCUUCAUUUGUGAUGACCUUAAAUGCAGCAAGCAUAGAUUCACUUUUGGAAUCAUAUGCCUCCUUUGCUCGUCAACUUAAGUGCCCGGAACACUUGGUCAUGGAAGUUCUGACCUCCAAGGGUUGGAAGGUUGAAGAAAAAAUCAACCAUCUUAAGAUGAUUGUUGCCGGGAAAAUCAACCUGUACACGUUGUGGCUGAUAGUGGUUGACAACGUCAGUAGUGUGCCUUCUAUCUUUGAUUUUCUUCCAAAGUCUGGACACAAUGCAUGGGAAAAGGGUCAGUUGUUGAUUACAACACAGGAUAUACAGUCUAUUCCCUCAAAAAACUCUUUUAGUUGUCACAUAUCAGUAAGCAAAGGUAUGGAGCCCGAAGAUGCCUUUUUCUUGUUGUCGAAGCUUUCAGAUAUCGCCGACAGCGAACUUGAAAAAAACGUUGCAGAAAAACUGGACUAUCAGCCCCUUGCUUUAGCAAGUGCUGCUAUCUUUGUUAACGAGAUUCGUCAGACCAGAGUUUCGAAAAAGUUUGGUUGGGGUGAAUUUUUGAAGAAAUUAGACGAAGGUAAAAGAAGCACUACCGAGGAUAAUCUUGCUAAUACCAACCCAAUUUACCCAAGCACUAUGACUAAAGCAAUAACGUUAGCAGUCGAAUCACAGAUUAUGUCAGACAGCGUUAUUAAACAACUAUUCAAUUUCCUUUGUCUGUGCGCACCGCAACCAUUAAACCUGAGCUUAGCAAUCAAUUACAUUAGGAAAGUAGAUGCAACAGACAAUGAAGUUAUUUGCUUGAGAAUCAAAAGGUGCUCACUGCUGAUUUUUGAAGAGGACGAGGCUGGCUGCCGCAUUCGAGUACAUCAGGUUGUGCACAAUGCUAUCAAAACUUCAAUAAAUGCGUAUGGAGAGAGUCCAAAGCCAGAGGUCGUCAAUGGGGCUGUUGCAACAUUAAACCAAUUCAUAACCGAAAUUUCACCAGAGAAUAGGACACGGGAUUCGAUGCACCUUGUGCCGCAUUUAGGAGCCUUAGCUGAUCAUGUGAUUUUGAAAGGAAUGGUUUAUGAUGAAAGCAUCUUAAAAACAUUUGAAAACUUUGGUCUGACUUGUCGAGCGCACUGUGAAUUUAAUGUUGCAAAAAAGUACUUCAAACUGUUAGCUGGUGUCCAGCUUAAAGAACUUGGAGCUGAGCAUGUUGAUGUCGCCAAGACGUACAAUAACCUAGGUCUAAUUCACCAACAUCUGGGUGACUUUGAGCAAGCCAAGGAGUAUCAUGAACGUGCUUUAACGAUCAGCCUUGAGAAGCUUGGCGCCAAACAUGUUGAUGUUGCAACGACGUACAAUAACUUAGGUCUAAUUCACAAACAUCUAGGUGACUUUGAGCAAGCCAAGGAGUAUUGUCAACGUGCUUUAACCAUCAGCCUUGAGAAGCUCGGCGCCAAACAUGUUGAUCUUGCAACCAUCUACGAUAACCUAGGUCAAAUUCACCAAGAUCUAGGUGACUUUGAGCAAGCCAAGGAGUAUCGUGAACGUGCUUUAGCCAUCAGCCUUAAGAAGCUCGGCGCCAAACAUGUCGCUGUUGCAACGACGUACAAUAACCUAGGUGUAAUUCACCAACAUCUAGGUGACUUUGAGCAAGCCAAGGAGUAUUAUCAACGUGCUUUAACCAUAAGCCUUGAGAAGCUCGGCGCCAAACAUGUUGAUGUUGCAACGACGUACAAUAACCUAGGUGUAAUUCACCAUGAUCUAGGUGACUUUGAGCAAGCCAAGGAGUAUCAUGAACGUGCUUUAGCGAUCAGCCUUGAGAAGCUUGGCGCCAAACAUGUUGAUGUUGCAACGACGUACAAUAACCUCGGUGCAAUUCACCAUGAUCUAGGUGACUUUGAGCAAGCCAGGGAGUAUCAUGAACGUGCUUUAGGGAUCAGACUUGAGAAGCUUGGUGCCAAACAUGUUGAUGUUGCAACGACGUACAAUAACCUAGGUCUAAUUCACCGUAAGCUAGGUGACUUUGAGCAAGCCAAGGAGUAUCUUGAACGUGCUUUAGCGAUCAGCCUAGAGAAGCUCGGCGCCAAACAUGUUGCUGUUGGAGUGACGUACGAUAACCUAGGUCUAAUUCACCAAGAUCUAGGUGACUUUCAGCAAGCCAAGGAGUAUCAUGAACGCGCUUUAGCGAUCAGCCUUGAGAAGCUUGGCGCCAAACACGUUGAUGUUGCAACGACGUACAAUACCCUAGGUCUAAUUCACCGUAAGCUAGGUGACUUUGAGCAAGCCAAGGAGUAUCAUGAACGUGCUUUAGCGAUCAGACUUGAGAAGCUCGGCGACAAACAUGUUGAUGUUGCAGUGACGUACGAUAACCUAGGUCUAAUUCACCAAGAUCUAGGUGACUUUGAGCAAGCCAAGGAGUAUCAUGAACGUGCUUUAGCGAUCAGCCUUGAGAAGCUUGGCGCCAAACAUGUUGCUGUUGCAACGACGUACAAUAACCUAGGUAUAAUUCACCAAGAUCUAGGUGACUGAGCAAGCCAAGGAGUAUCAUGAAGGUGCUUUGGCGAUCAGACUUGAGAAGCUCGGCGCAAAACAUGUUGAUGUUGCAACGACGUACCAUAACCUAGGUCUAAUUCACCAAGAUCUAGGUGACUUUGAGCAAGCCAAGGAGUAUCAUGAACGUGCUUUAGCGAUCAAACUUGAGAAGCUCGGCGCCAAACAUGUUGCUGUUGCAACGACG